AUGAAUGAGAAUACUGAUGCGAUUCCAGUUGUCUGUGAAUUUCCGGACGUCUUUCCGGAAGAAUUGCCAAGAGAAUUAGUGGACCGUGAAAUCGAGUUCACGAUUGAAGUGCUACCGGGAAUCCAACCCAUUUCUAAAACCCCGUAUCGAAUGGCACUAGCUGAAAUGAGGGAAUUGAAGAUUCAGUUGCAAGACCUACUGGAUAAGGGGUUUAUCCGCCCGAGUGUUUCUCCGUGGGGUGCACCAGUCCUGUUUGUGAAAAAGAAAGACGGAACACUCCAAUUAUCAGCAUUUAUGGAUCUGAUGAACCGUGUCUUCAAACCUUAUCUAGAUGAGUUUGUAGCGGUCUUUAUUGACGAUAUCCUCAUUUACUCAGAGCUCCGGGGCAAUCAGAAUUUACUAGGACAGGGAGUAACUUCUCCACCGUAUGUGAUUUCUGCAGCAAGGGCUUGUAAAUUAAUUCAGAAAGGGUGUCAGGGGUACUUAUGUAGUGUUUUGGAAGGGCCGAUAAUGAAUGAGAAUACUGAUGUGAUCCCAGUUGUCUGUGACUUUUCGGAUGUCUUUCCGGAAGAAUUGCCAGGAGAAUUAGUGGACCGUGAAAUCGAGUUCACGAUUGAAGUGCUACCGGGAAUCCAACCCAUUUCUAAAAUCCCGUAUCGAAUGGCACCAGCUGAAAUGAGGAAAUUGAAGACUCAGUUGCAAGACCUACUGGAUAAGGGGUUUAUCCACCCGAGUGUUUCUCCGUGGGGUGCACCAGUCCUGUUGGUGAAAAAGAACGACGGAACACUCCGAUUAUGUAUAGACUACCAGGGAGCUUAA